AUGUGGUCAAAAGGUGGAGUCGCUCAUGGUCCUAGGCCACGUUCUCAUGCGACAGAGCUUCCACGCCAGAUUCAAGUUCUUGGCGUACGCACCGCGCUCGCAACCAAGUACGCACAAAAUCAAUUGGUCCUUGUCGAGAAUUUUAUCUUGGACAUUCACAAAACAAAAGGCCUGUUAGAAAUUUUGAACAAAAACGCAUGGGAUCCUCUAGCGAAAGAGAGGGUGCAAGGUCAUUCGAUAUUGUUCAUGAGUAAGGAUCACCAGUUGAAUUUGGAUCUCGCUUCGAGAAAUUUGCAGAGGGUACAUGCUCUGACUGCCGAGGAAAUUUUUGAGGCAGGCGACGUUUAUAAUAUCAUAGGCCAUGAAAUAUUAAUGAUGGAUUUGGAAGCAGUGGACUUAAUGGAGAAAGCAUUGAAGUUUAUUUAA